AUGUUAAACAGUGACUGGCUUAUGUGGAACAGUGACUGGGUUAUGUUAAACAGUGACUGGGUUAUGUGGAACAGUGAGUGGGUUAUGUGGAAAAGUGACUGGGUUAUGUUAAACAGUGACUGGCUUAUGUGGAACAGUGACUGGGUUAUGUUAAACAGUGACUGGGUUAUGUGGAACAGUGAGUGGGUUAUGUGGAAAAGUGACUGGGUUAUGUUAAACAGUGACUGGCUUAUGUGGAACAGUGACUGGUGGCUGGGUUGUGUUAUUCAUGACUGGGUUAUGUUAAACAGUGGCUGGGUUAUGUGGAACAGUGACUGGGUUAUGUUGAACAGUGACUGGGUUAUGUGGAACAGUGAGUGGGUUAUGUGGAAAAGUGACUGGGUUAUGUUAAACAGUGACUGGCUUAUGUGGAACAGUGACUGGGUUAUGUUAAACAGUGACUGGGUUACGUGGAACAGUGAGUGGGUUAUGUGGAAAAGUGACUGGGUUAUGUUAAACAGUGACUGGCUUAUGUGGAACAGUGACUGGGUUAUGUUAAACAGUGACUGGGUUAUGUGGAACAGUGAUGACUGGGUUAUGUGGAACAGUGGCUGGGUUAUGUUAAACAGUGACUGGGUUAUGUUAUACAGUGAGUGGGUUAUGUGGAACAGUGACUGGCUUAUGUUUAACAGUGACAUGGUUAUGUUGUUCAGUGACUGGGUUAUGUGGAACAGUGACAUGGUUAUGUUAAACAGUGGCUCGGUUAUGUGGAACAGUGACUGGGUUGUGUUAAACAAUGACUUGGUUAUGUUAUACAGUGAUUGUGACAAAGUUGAAGAAAUUGCUGUGGAGGGAACGGAAUAUAAAGAAUCACCAGCGUUCUCUUCGUAUCAAUUACCCCCGAAGCUAAAAUCUCUUAGCAUCGCUAAUCAGAAAAUGUUUCUUCCUUUAAUAGAUAAUACGUACGGGUUUAGGUCGCAAAAUUCAUUAACACAUCUACAUGUUCAGGGAAAUCUUAUAUAUGACAUUCAACAUUUUAGUGGACUUUGGCGUCUAGAAUACCUUGAUCUCUCGAAUAACUUCUGCUUUAACAUUACCAAACAGUCAUUUCAAAAUAUGACAAACUUAUUAUUCCUGAACUUAUCCAGAAAUCUUUUAGGAAAGGAAUUAAAGAGUCAGUCCUCAGAACAUGUAUUUGAUCACCUCCAUGGUUUGAAGGUACUGGAUCUGUCCUAUAACUGGAUUACUCUCAUACAUAAGGAUGUGUUUGUUUUCAUGUCAAAUAUUGAGCAUCUAAUCUUAAGUAAUAAUGAAAUAGAAAGUGUCCCUUUUGAUCUGUCAGCUGCCUUAAAAUUGCGUAGCAUAGAUUUGUCUUCCAAUAAAAUUGUGAUGUUGGAUUCAAAGUCAAUGGACUUUUUAGAUUCUUCGAGGGAGAAACAACUCUCUAUCCAGAUGUCAAACAACCCAUUACAGUGUACAUGCCAAAGCAUGGACUUCCUGAAAUGGAUGAAAGAAUCUUCAAAUAAACAUUUUGUUGACAGAGAGAAUUACACUUGCAUAUUCACAGAUGAGAAAAAGAUUGAACUGCGCCAUUUAGAGCAGAUAAUCACUUCUUUAGAGCGUAAAUGUACAUCAUUUACAACAACAAUAAUCGUAGUUACCAUUAUUUUACUGGUCACAAUCACUCUUGUAUCCUUUGCGAUAAUGUAUAGGUAUAGAUGGAAACUACGCUAUUUGUAUUACGCUGGUAAGAGAAGUUAUAGAGGAUAUUCAAGGAUUUUAGACUCCGGUAGAGAGUAUCAAUUUGAUGCCUUCAUUUCCUAUGCUGAAAGUGAAAGAACAGGAUUUAUACCAAACCUUUUGAAGCUUGAAAAAGAAAAUGAUUUUAAAUUUUGCAUACACAGUCGUGACUUUAUAAUUGGUGUUAACGUAGCAGAAAACAUUACCAAUGCUAUUCACAAUAGCAAGCGCACAGUCUGUUUUCUGAGUAAAGCUUUCUUAGAAUCUGAAUUUUGCAUAUACGAGGCUCAAAUGGCUCGAAUGGAGAGUAUUUAUAGAGGAGGGGAAACAACUUUGUUUACUGUACUUGUGGACAAAGAUCUUGGAGCUGUCUUGCCACAAUUUCUGAAGGACGUAAUCAGAGAACAGACAUAUCUGGAAUUUGAUAAAGAAAUUCCAGAGGAGUUCUGGAAUGCUAUAACUCAGGCAUUAAGAGAAAUAUAGAGUGAGACAUAUAUCGGAAUGAUAUUUUUUUUGAAAAAAAAAUAGUCAAAAAAGGUCAUUUAAGACCAUGGGUCAU